AUGGCUCCCCUCCACAUAGGUGCCCUUGUUUACGACUAUCAAGCUAUAGAUGUCUUGGGCCCAACCGACCUCCUCCACUCUGCCACCAAGCCAUACAUCAGUCAAUUAUCUGGCUAUAUGAAGAUCGAGCAAGAAACCAUCUCUCGCGCCCCAGAGUUUGUCUUCCAUCACAUCGGCAUCACUCGCGAAACCUUUCUUCUUCAAACAAGCAACAUUCCGAUUGUUCCGACUACAACCGUUGAUGAAUGCCCUGAAAUCGACUGUCUGCUUCUCGGGGGCCCGGAUCCCACGAACUUCGAGCUUCAUCCCAAGUACGCCGAGUUCAUCCGAAAGCACGUCGCAGCUGGAAAACUCCUCUUCACCACUUGCACUGGAGCCAGCGUUGCUGCCGCAGCGGGAAUUCUAGACGGCAAGAAUGCGACAGUCAAUCAUGGUGCUAUCCAGCCUCUCAGACUGAAAUUUCCGAAUGUCAAGUGGACUGAUGAGAAGAAAUGGAUUGUCGAUGGAAAUAUCUGGACUGCGGGUGGUGCUGUCGCCGGAAUGGACAUGUUUGCAUAUUGGAUUAAGGAGAAUUUUGGAAUGGAUAUCAUGGUCUUGGCUGCGUCGAUGUUGGACUAUGAGCCGAGAGACGUUGAUGGUAUUUUGAACGUCAUUCCGAAGAGGUAUGAUGAGAAUGGCAAGCAAUGGCAAACUCAUGUGUUCAAAUAG